AUGGACUUGGCCAAUAAACUCUCUGGGCUGGACAUGUAUCUGUACAAUGCCGAGGACAGUCCGUGUCCACCACAGUCUGGUUUGAACGGCGGGGAUAAUGUCCGUGGACAUCGGGGUUCAGUGUCGUCAAAUGCUCACGCUCAGGGUCCGAAACAGCCGGGUGAAGAUACGUUUGACGAAAAGAAACGUCCGCAUGUGUCGGCGGGGGGUAUGGCGAUUGGUGAUAUCGACGUCAAUGGUGCAGAUGACCGCGAGCGCGACGGUGAGGGAGACUGGGAAGUUGUCCCCAAGCAUCCAGAUUGGGACGUGGUCGGUCGUGGCGGCAAGGGCCGUGAGCGAAAGCUAUCACUGAAAGCAGAUUGGGUCGUGUGCGAAAAGGGUCGAAACGGCAAGGUGCAAAUGUUUGAGGGUCCUCGAGUCGAAGACGGCGAUACUGCACUGUCCGCGUCGUCGGAAGAGAGAGCUCGGAUGACCGACACGUCUCUCCUUGAAUCCACCACGCGACCUGGCGUUCGAGUUUCCGCAAAACCCAGCCCGGCACAUGCGUCAUAUAUACUCGACGGCGAUUUGGAUUCGCACCACGCUCGCGCCCGAGAACUAGAAGACAGUCAUCCAGCGUCGUCGGAUCAUGGAACAGCGAACGUGUCCAGAGUUGAUCUAGUACCCUCAAGAAAGUCGUACGAGCGAACUCGGCCAGGACGCAAGAUACGACCACCGGCAUCACCGUCGACGACUCUGGGUGACGAGGCUCGGAAACAUGAACAGGAGCUACAACCAGCACUUUCGAGCCCCCUCCGCGUCUCGGCCACCCGCAGGCCCAAACACCCCGCCGCCAACCCGACCAAGAACCGACCACUCCCACCUGACGAACAGGACCUGCCUUUUCUGAGCCCUUCUCCUCCCCCUCCUCCUCCUCUUGUUCCUCCUCCAAAGACCGUCGCCACUAACAAAGACAUCCUCGGAGGACCUCACGACCAUGAGCAAGUCCCCGCCGUGUCGCGAGUGCUGGCAAAGGGUGACCAGGACUCCGUGGCGCUGAUUGCCGCGCAGGAACGGCUGGACGAGAAGCUGCAGCAGCGAGACCAGCGGGGGAUUCAUAGCCGUCACGAGGAGUGGCGCGAUACGGUGCCUUCGUGGCCGCCGCGGUUUUAUUAUUAG